AUGCAAGCAAUUAAAUGUGUAGUAGUAGGUGACGGAGCAGUCGGUAAGACUUGUCUGCUUAUAUCAUAUACUACCAAGAGCUUCUCAUCAGACUAUGUACCUACAGUAUUCGAUAACUACUGUGCCAAUGUGAUGCUAGAAGGCAAGCCAUACAACUUGGGAUUGUGGGAUACUGCAGGACAAGAGGAUUAUGAUCGUCUCAGACCACUCUCCUACCCACAAACCGAUGUAUUCCUCAUCUGCUAUAGUAUUAUUGCACCAUCUUCAUUGGAGAAUGUAUCCAACAAGUGGCAUCUAGAAAUCUCUCAUCAUGCUCCAAAUGUUCCAAUCCUACUCGUUGGCACUAAAAUGGAUAUGCGUGAAGACAGAGCCACUCUUGAAAGUCUCGGAAACAAAAAGUUGUCACCAGUAACCUACGAACAAGGUCUUGCCAAAGCAAAGGCAAUCGGUGCACAAUAUGUAGAGUGUUCAGCUAUGACUCUCAAAGGUGUAAACAGUGUAUUUGAUGAAGCCAUCAGAUGUGUUAUCAAUCCAACACUAAAACUAUCAUUGUUACAAGUUGCAGAUUGUAGACAAAGAAGAAACAUUGUAUUGGUUGAUGAUAAAGACGAAUCAUCAUCAAUAGUAUUUAAACCAUUAUCAUCAACAUCAUCAUUGACAGAUAAUAUAACCAAUCUAUUGAAUCAAUGUCAACAGAGUACAUGUGCAGGUGUAGAAUGGGACACAUUUUCGCAGUUGCUCAAAGAGAGUUCGGGAGGUCGUGCAACACCCCAAUCGGCCGUAGAGGGUGUAUGCGACCGUUCAAACAUGUACCCAACCUAUGUCAUCGAGUCGCCAUACUUGAUCGAUCUCGUCAACUGGACACUACAGCAAAGUGACAACCUCUACGCCGAGAGUAUCCUGCGUCAAAUGGGAGCAGUGUUUAAUAUCACCACUCCGAUCCAUCCACCCAACCAAGCCACCUAUCUUACCGGUAUCAACUAUGUCGCGUCGAUUCUACAAGACAUGGGUAUUGCACCAACACUCUUUAACCAAGUUGAUGGGUGUGGUCUUGACCGCGCCAACUAUAUCACACCACGUGCCUUUAUCCAACUCUUGGAAGCCAUGUUCUUCCAAGCUGGCGACCCCGACCGCGACUACUUUACAUGUCUCCCAACCGGCGGUGUCAGCGGCACCCUCAUCAACCGGUUCGUCAACACACCCGCACAAGGUAUCGUCCACGCCAAGACCGGCUCCAUGACAGGUGUUGUCUCGCUCUCUGGUGUCGUCGCACCUCAAGGCAUCCAAAACACCCAAUCUCCCAUCUUCUUUUCAAUCAUCUCUAAUAAUGCCGUUGCAUCCAAUUCUGCAAUCAAUAAAAUUAUUGAUCAAAUAGUUGUUUGGUUAGCUGAAUUUAUUGAGACUAGUCCGACGACAGAGACAACAACAACAACAACAACAAUAGAUACAACAACAACAAAAGUUGAAGAAUUUAUUAAAAAGAAUGGAAUUAAAAGAAGAUAUCAAAUCAUUCAAAUGUCAUCUAAUCAUUCAACUAUUGAUCAAGAAUUUAAAGAUAGAGGUUGGAUGAAAUCAAAAAAUGGAGUGGGAUGUAGUUUUAAAUGGGGAUGGUCAUGGGAAGUAUUGGGAAAGAUUAGUAAUAGUAUGAUUGUUAAUCAUUUCCCAAACUUUCAAGAAAUUGGAUCUAAAAAGGGAAUGACUGAUAAUAUGAACAAAAUGCUCAAACAAUCAGAUACACAAACAAAAGAUAUCAUUCAAUCUUUCUUUCCUCGUUCCUAUGGAUUAUACAAUAAAAAGGAAAGAAAAGCAUUCUUGAAAGAUUUUGAUCAAACUUCAUCUCAAUCAAAUCAAAUCAAACAUAUUGAAACUCAUCACCAAGAUAAUAAUGGAAUGAUGAUGGAACAUACUAAAAAUGAUGAUAUAAUCAAUACAAUGGUUGGAAAGAGAGCUCCUACUACUACUACCACAAAAGAAAAUGAAAAUAAUGAUAAAUCAAUAUGGAUAAAAGAUUCUCAACCAUCAAUCGAUGGAAUUAAUAAUAUUUGGAUUGUUAAACCUUCUUCACAGGCAAGAGGAGUAGGAAUUCAAUUAUUUAAUGAUAAGAAACAAUUAAUGGAUUAUGUAGAGUCGGAUGGAUACGAAUAUGUUGUUCAAAAGUAUGUUGAACAACCAAUGACAGUGCACGGUAGAAAGUUUGAUAUUAGACACAUGGCAUACACAACCGAUAAUCUACAAGACAGAUUCAUUCAUCUCAGUAAUCACCAAAUCCAAAAAGAGUAUCAUGGUGAUGACCUACUUACCGAUAUAUUCCCACACAAUCAAUGGCCACUAUCUAAAUUUAAAUCUUAUUUAAAUGAAAAUUUAAACAAAGAACAAGAAAUAAAAGAUAUUUGGGAAGAAAAGAUUUACCCAAAGAUAGUUAGAUUGGUCAGACACACAAUAGAAUCAUGGCCAAAAGAAGGACACCGAAAUAAUAGUUUUGAAUUACUCGGUUUUGAUAUACUGCUCAACGAACAAAUGGAUCCGUUAUUACUAGAGGUCAACACUAAUCCAGGACUACAUUUACUUACAGGUACUGUCAACGAUCAUCAUCCAAGAGCCAUUAAAGAUCUUUUUAAAGUUGUCAUUGAUCAAGACCAACAGUGGAACAGUAACCCUCUAUUUGCCAAACACCUCUUUGACAGCAACAACAAAGAGGAACUAACCAAACUAUUUGGUGAUUGGGAUCUCAUCCAUUUCGGUGAUUACAACAGUUCAAUCAUACCAAUGGAAAUCAAUGAUAAUAGUUCUAAUGCAGGUCCAUUCACUAUGGAGAAAGAAGUAGAGAAUAAGAUAAAACAUAGUAAUGGACUAUGUUGCUUAUGCAAUCGAAAUGUGUUGUUGGAUAGUAACACUUCUACUAGUAUAAAUGAUAAUGCACAGAAACAUCAAACAAUGGCUCAUCACUAUAUACAGUGCAUGGAAUCAUUCAAACAAAUAUUAAAUAAUACAUACUUUGCUACUACACAACCAAAAGAAGAUGAAGAUGAAGAAGAACCAUCUAGUAAUCAUUUUUUCAAUGAUUCAUUACUCAAAGUAACAUUAUUACCAAUAUUUGCAAGAGAUGAUGAUAAUGAAUCAUUGAUGAAUCUAUUGAUGACAUGUAAAGAUGCAUAUAAAUGGAAGCAUCAAUUGGUGUUUCCGAGGGUACCAUCGAUUGAUAUUAUCAAUUACUAUGAUGAGAAUAGUAUGAUUGAUCAGUUACCGACAAAAUAUAGAAGAGUGUAUAUUAAUAAUAUCGAGGAAUGGGAACACUUGCUCGACAAUCCAUACGGUCUCAUCACAGAGACAUGUAAUGAAUUAUACUUUACAUUUGACAUUGUCAUUGAAGAUGGUGACAUUCCAGACCACUUUACAAAGAUUCAUCUUGGUGAUGAGUAUAGUGGUUCGGAUGACAUGCAAGGUAUCAUUCCACCAGAUACUACUCAUCUCUACAUUGGAAAGAGUUUUAAUGGUCUGUUAAAAAAAGAGGAUCUACCAGACUCUUUGAUUUGGUUGGAUAUUUUCUCAUCAGAGACAAGACUGGAAGCUGAUGAACAAACACUACCACCAAACAUUGAAACAUUGACCAUCUCUACCAAUCAAAUCUUGGGUCCCUAUUUAGGCAAAUCAAUGCCAAAACUAAAGAGUCUCAACAUUAAAACAAUCGAUGACGAUGAAAGUGUAUUGGAACCUGGUAUGAUACCAGACACUGUCGUUUUCCUCAAUGUUACAAUGUGCGAGUUGGAAGACGGUGCCAUCCCACACAGUGUCAAGAAUCUCACCAUCGAUCUGUCAUACAACGUAUCAUCGGUCAUUCCCCCAUCCGUCACUCAUCUCCAAGCCACCUUUAACAAUGGAACCAUAGUCACUCAAGGAAUGAUUCCUUCAACCGUUGUUGAACUUGAAUUAGAAGGAGAUUACAGUCUUGAAGAAGGAUGCAUUCCUUCAAGUGUUGUUGUACUAUCAUUGAUGGAUCUAACCGAGAAUCCUCCACCAAAUACCAUUCCAAACUCUGUAACAUAUCUAUUCUUGCGUGGAAAUACUGAUUGUCAAUUUGAUGGUUCUCAACUGCCAUCAAGUAUAAAGUAUUUUGGUAUUCAAGAUUCCUAUCCCUAUCUUCUCGCAGACACUAUCCCACCAAGUACAAAAUACUUUGACUAUCAAAAUGAAGAUUGUCAUGGUAUUAAAUAUUGUCGUUUUGAUAUUCCCGAAUCAGUUACUCAUUUUAGAAUUGGUGUUGAUAAUGGAAAUCCAUUCCCACCAGAUUUCUUACCAUCAAAUCUUGAAUAUCUCCAGUUGGUAGAAGUGUACCGUCAAAAAUUACCAACCAAAUUACCAACUACUUUAAAAACAAUUGAAUGUAAUCCAUUUAACAGUAAAGUCGGAGGCUCGGUACCAACGGAUGUUUUACGUAUCAUAAACUGUUUGCAUCGUGGAACACUUUGGAAUAAUGAAUACAAGAAAUAUUGGGAUCAUGUUAACCCGCCCUACGAUCGUCUCAAAUUCAUUGAUGAGCACUCAUCUACUGAAGGGAUAGCAUACCCAAAUGGUUGUGAAGUGAUCAACUCAACAUCUCCAUGCUACAAUGUACUUUCAUAUAAAGAGAUUUAUGUUUCUUCAAACACUACACAACAGGCUAUGCAAACAUCAAUCGAAUCAAGUAUGACUUAUCUUGCUUUAAUUGAUAAUGUUAAUUGUAAAACUCAAGCUACCAUUUACUAUUGUUCAACCAUUUAUCAACCAUGUAAUUUUAUCAAUAUAACAACUACAAACACAACAACUAUUGUAUUACCAUCAUUUUUAUGUCAUUCUGUUUGUGAACAAACCAAAUCAGUAUGUGCAACAUACAUUCCAUUGGUAGAUCCAAACUUUUCAUGUGAUAAUAAUAAUAGUUUUAAUCAACCAGAGUAUCCUCAGCAAUACUCUUUUUACAAUCUAACCAAUGUCAGCGGUGAGGCAGAUGAAAAAGUACAAUGUAAUCUUGCAGGUGAUUCUAAUGGUACAGUUGUAGAUGAUUGUAUAUUCCCAUUGGUUUAUGUAUCUCCAGAGGAUGUGGCAUCUAAAAGAGUGUACUAUGUAAUCUAUGGUAAUUGUGCUGUAUCAUGCCCAUACUCUAUCUUUUCAAAAGAAGCAAACAAAAGUAUGGAACUUGCAGAUGCUGUCUUUUAUCCAUUGUCAUUGUUUUGUGCCAUUGUCACUAUUUUGGUAUUUGGUGUAUUUCCAAACAAAAUAACUAUUAGAAUGGAGAUUUUAAUUCAUCUAUCGGUUGCUACCCUCUUGCUUUGUCUUCAAUACUACCUACAAUUUGCAAAAGAGAAUUUCACAUGUAGCGAUGACCCAGGAAGAUAUGUUUCUCAAGGUGACGGUAUAUGUUGGUUACAAGGCUCGGUCUUUCAACUUGGUGGAUUAUCAUUUAUAUUUUGGUUAAGUUUUCUUUGUUAUGAUUUUGUUCUUAUUUUAUUAAUGAAACCAAAUACAUAUUUCAAGUAUUAUAGAGUUGGUAUUUGGUUUGGAUCAUUAUUACUUGCAUGCAUACCAUUAAUGGGAACCAAAUAUGAAACAACGAUUGGAUCAACUGGAUGUUGGAUAUCAAGUGCCGAUGGAAAGGCAUGGCAGUAUGCAACCUACUAUGUACCAAGUUGGAUAGCUGUUAUAAUGACUAGCAUAUUUUGUGGUAUCGCUACCUACAGAAUUGUUAUCAUGUAUAAAUUCAGUCCAAAUACCAAAGUUCUAAUAUUCAAUGUAAAGAUGGGAGUUUUAAUGGCUUAUGUGAUAUUUUCAUUCCUCUUUUUAUCAUUCUUUCAAUUCUAUGCAGAAACUAAACAAAGAGAAUAUGAAAAGGAUAUUGAACAAUCUGUUAAAUGUUUAUUGGAAACUAGAGAUUUUGAUAAAUGUAAAGCUUAUAUGGAAGGCAUGGAGUUUAAAUUACUCAACCUCAUUUGUAUAUCAGAUGUUGGUAUAUUUAUUUUAAUCACAUUUGUUUUGGAUCCUGCUGGAUUGUCGACCAUGAGAGAAUCAACUCGAUUCCAAUACCUCAAGAAUUUAUGUAGAAAGAUUACUAAAUUAAGACUAGUUAGAACCAACCAUAUUCACUUUGAUAUUACACUAUCAACCAAUUCAUCUGGAUGUGGAACCACUUCUGGUGAUUUAACAACCACCACAACAACAUCUUCUUCAAGUUCUGGUUCAUCCUCCACUCCAUUAAUGAAAACAAAAGUUAUUGAUAAUAAUACAAUAGUAUCAUUCAACAAUCAAGGUAUUAAUAAUAAUAAUAAUAAUAAUAAUAAUAAUAAUAAUAAUAAUAAUCAAAAUAAUAAUAAUAAUAAUAAUGGAAAUGAAAUUGAAAUGCAAUCUAUACCCAAUACAAAUAAUUCGAUGAAUACUGGUGACCAAUAA